AUGCUGGUGAUACAGUGUCAGGCGUCAACGGUGGGCCUCUUUGCCGCCCUGGCCUCACUGGCAAUGUCGACGAUCAAGGAGGAGACGAGGGAUGCGAUCACGCUGGACAAUGUCCUCGUGCUGGCUUCAGGAUCAAUGAUCACCUCGAUUAUCGCCAAUUCGCUGCUCGCCACCGUCAUCAGUAUUGUCAUCAUUAUGGCCAGGAGGUUUAAAAUUAACCCAGACAACAUCUCCACACCGGUGGCCGCAUCAAUGGGCGACGUCUGCUCGAUCACCUUUCUCGCCGUCAUUAUGCAGCAGCUUUAUGAGUGGCAGAGCAGGGUGCUCAACAUUGUCCUCAUUCUCGCCUUCAUCUCCAUUGCACCCGUUUUUGGGUACUUUGCACGGCAGAACCGGUACACAAAAUCGGUCAUCUACACGGGCUGGUCGGCCAUUCUGGGCGCUGUUAUUGUGGAGCAGCCUGGUGGCAUGGUCAUGCAGUCGGCUUUUGAGAAGUACAAGGUCAUCUCUACCUUUCAGCCGCUGGUUAAUG